UUCCGCGCAAAACUUCGGGUCCGUCCACGUGAACUUGUCGCUCCCCUUUCCGCGGGGGACGCAGCUUUGGGGGACGCCGGGGAGGGACGACGGUGGCGGCGGCGGGGCGCGCCUGGUCUUUUUCUUUUCUUCUCCUUUUUUCCCCCCCACCCUUGUCGCCAGUGCGGCGUUUUGGCUCCUCUCCUUUCCUCCUCCCCCUCCGAGCCGGCUGGUCCCCCGCCCCGUUGCUCCCCCACUUGAGUUCGCUCCUUGUUGGAGGGGGGUGACCGAAGGGGAUGUCCUGUUUCCACCAGAGGCACAGCGCGAAGGGGAAAGUUCGACCCUGGAAAGAACGACCCUAAAUCCCUACGUACGGACCCACGGAUCCGCUGCGGGGACAGAGCCUUGAACUUCAGGAUCCCGCGGCGAUCGGGGCGGCAGAAGAUAGCCCAUUUUUAAUCAAAGGAGGCUGCUUCUACUUGGGGUGGCAGGAGACGUGAGAAAACCCCAUGGAAGACUCCCAGGACUUAAAUGAACAAUCAGUAAAGAAAACCUGCACAGAAUCAGAUGUUUCAGAACCUCAGAACUCCAGGUCUAUGGAAAUGCAGGACCUAGCGAGUCCUCAUCCUCUUGUUGGAGGUGGUGAUGCCCCUGGUAGCUCCAAACUGGAGAAAGCGAAUCUCAGCAGCACAUCAGUCACCACAAAUGGGACAGGAGUGUCUCUCCUUGCAGUCAAAACAGAGCCUUUGAACAGCAGUGAAACCACAACCACGACUGGAGAUGGAGCGCUUGACACUUUUACUGGGUCAGUAAUAACAAGUAGUGGCUACAGUCCCAGAUCAGCACAUCAAUAUUCCCCACAGCUCUAUCCUUCCAAGCCCUAUCCACACAUUCUUUCUACACCAGCAGCUCAAACAAUGUCUGCCUAUGCAGGCCAGACUCAGUAUUCGGGAAUGCAGCAGCCAGCAGUCUACACAGCCUACUCACAGACAGGACAGCCCUACAGCCUGCCCACUUACGAUUUGGGUGUGAUGUUGCCAGGCAUCAAGACAGAGAGUGGACUUCCACAAACUCAGUCUCCGUUACAGAGCGGGUGCCUCAGUUACAGCCCUGGGUUCUCCACCCCACAGCCAGGCCAGACACCUUAUUCUUACCAGAUGCCAGGUUCUGGUUUUGCACCAUCAUCUACUAUUUAUGCAAAUAAUUCAGUUUCCAAUUCAACGAAUUUCAGUGGAUCACAACAGGAUUAUCCAUCCUACACAGCCUUUGGCCAAAACCAGUAUGCACAGUAUUACUCCGCAUCAACGUAUGGAGCAUAUAUGACAUCAAAUAACACAGCUGAUGGCACAUCGUCCUCAACCUCAACCUAUCAGUUGCAGGAAUCUCUCCCAGGACUGACUAGCCAACCAGGUACAGAUCUUCAUCCAGGAGAGUUCGAUACCGUGCAGAGCCCCUCAACACCCAUUAAAGAUCUUGAUGAGAGAACAUGUAGGAGUUCUGGGUCAAAGUCCCGAGGAAGAGGCCGGAAAAACAAUCCCUCCCCACCUCCCGACAGUGACCUGGAGCGUGUGUUUGUCUGGGACUUGGAUGAAACCAUCAUUGUUUUUCAUUCACUGCUCACAGGUUCUUAUGCCCAGAAGUAUGGCAAGGAUCCUCCCAUGGCUGUAACUCUUGGACUCCGAAUGGAGGAAAUGAUUUUUAAUCUUGCUGAUACACAUUUAUUUUUUAAUGAUUUAGAGGAGUGUGAUCAAGUUCAUAUAGAUGAUGUCUCCUCUGAUGAUAAUGGGCAGGACCUAAGUACCUACAGUUUUGCAACUGAUGGCUUCCAUGCAGCUGCAAGUAGUGCAAACCUUUGUUUGCCAACAGGUGUAAGAGGAGGGGUUGACUGGAUGAGGAAGUUGGCUUUUCGAUACAGAAGAGUAAAAGAAUUAUACAACACCUACAAGAACAAUGUCGGAGGACUGCUUGGCCCUGCCAAGAGAGACGCAUGGCUGCAGCUAAGGGCCGAGAUUGAAGGUUUGACAGACUCCUGGCUAACAAAUGCACUUAAGUCUUUAUCAAUUAUUAGUACUAGGAGUAACUGUGUAAAUGUCUUGGUAACGACAACGCAACUGAUCCCAGCACUUGCGAAGGUUCUACUCUAUAGUUUAGGAGGUGCUUUCCCCAUUGAGAAUAUUUACAGUGCAACUAAAAUAGGCAAGGAAAGCUGUUUUGAGCGUAUAGUGUCCAGAUUUGGCACUAACAUAACUUAUGUUGUGAUUGGAGAUGGCCGAGAUGAGGAGCAUGCCGCUAACCAGCACAACAUGCCCUUUUGGAGGAUAUCAAGUCACUCAGACCUCUUGGCUCUACAUCAAGCACUGGAAUUAGAGUAUUUGUAACUGUGUUCUCUAGCUGGAGAUCCGUUUUUUAUAUAUAUAUUUCAAGUACACUGAAUUUUAUGUGUGAUUCAAUGCCUCUGGCUUUACACAUACAAAUUGUCUUAAAGGAUGAAAUCAUAUUUGGAAUGAAAAUUCCAGAAUGAAGAAUUCAGAUUGGUGAACUUUAGUGCUACAGAAAGGAAGCUCUAUGGUCUUAUAUUUACAACACUUUAAUGGUUUAACACAACAAAACAAAACAAUCUGUGGAGGUUGCUGGUACACACCGAAGGAGUCCUAACUGGAAUUAACAGUUUUAGCAAAGAACUCUUAGCCUGGCAAAGCACCGACUCAUGCUCCGUCUGACAAGGUGGUGUUCAACAACAUUCCUCACAACUGGAGAUCUUCUCAGCCCUGAGGUUUGAAUCUGACUUUAGCCUACCUAGCCCAGAAAAUCUGAAUUGGAAUGCACUCAGACUGUAUAAGGACAAUCCUAUCUAGACCUGUAAUUUGUGUAAAUUAUUGAUGAAGAUAAUUUACUGUGACUUUAUUAGCAGCUGACUUUGAAAGUGGAUGCAAUGUUUCUUUCACUUGUUGGGGAGGGGAGCGGGAGGGGAAGAUGGGAACCUAAUAUUGUCUCUUUUUUAAGUUUGGCAAAGAGAAUGUUCAUACUGAUGUGUUGUGCCUUAAAGAUAAGACAGCAUUUGUGUGUUACAAUGUAACUUUGGUUAAAAAAAAAAAUCUCUGUAGAUACUGAAAAAUCAAACUUUUGUGAUCAUUCUUAACAUGACCAAAUUUAAAAUUCAAGCUAUAAAAGCUGAAUCUGCGAGAAACUGAAUAUCCGUUGCAAUAAGAAAACAAUACUAGUAAAACAAAGCGUGUGUUUUAUUUGGGUUCUUAAUAAUUCCAGUAAUUAUAUGAGGCAACUAUUUGUGCAUCCAACCAUAAGCAGAAGGUGGGAAAGACUGUGGGAUCUUUCCUUAGAAAGUGAAGUGUUCGUUGAAGUCCUGAGUACCCUUUCUAUAAUUUUAUUGGGGAAAAUUAAUGAUGACUUGCCAUAUUCAUGAUGACUUGCACUGUUUUGAUUGUGGCUUUUUUAUAAGUGUAAGUUGUGUAGAAGAAAAUAUUCUCGUAAAAUGAUAAGCGAGUAUCACAAACUUUCUUAGAAUAUGCCACGAACAUGGCUUAAAAUUCACAUUGAGUAAACGAGGCUUAAAAUAAAGCUAAGUGCAUUUAUUCCCAAUGCCAUUGCAAAAAAUGAAAUGUCUCUAGUAGUGGAAGGUGGAUGCCCCAGAUGGUUUCUAGGGGAAAAAGUGAAUCAAUGAAAAUGUUACCUAGAAUAUCAUCAUAAAAUAAAUUAGCAAGUGAGCCGGAUCCUGGCAGCAUUACUAAACUUACAGCAGUGAAAUAGUACCUGGUUCUCUGUCUUUGCACAUCAAUCAAGUUUCUCUCCAUUACAAACCUACAUACAUUGGCUUCUGCCUGCACUGUUACUGCAAAAUGGACUGCAUUCAUUGCACAGAGAACCUGUCAUUGUUGUGUUUGCAUGUGUUUUUAUUUUUAUUUUUCUUGGUGUGUAGCCCAUGUUAGGAACACAGUACAGGUUCUCUUGUCAUUUUGUGUGACAUGAUUUUCCUUGUGGAAAUUUAAGACUUCAAGAUCUAGGUGUGUUUUCAUGACGUCUGCACCUGCAGGUCUGUGUUUAAAUGUCAGACUGUGGAACUGGGGUCAACCAGAUGCUGGUUGGGAUAGCUCACCAUCAGAGGCUCCAGUGGCUCCCAUAAAGUCAGCGGUUUGCACGCUGAUCACAACAUUCACUGUAGAAAUGUGAUUUUAUUUUCCAGGCUACAAAUCUGUAUUUCUUUACUGAAUGCAAAGGCCAUGUUUAUGUUGGGCAGAAAGAAAUGGAGCUCCAAUUUUAUACAAGCUUGUGGUUUCAUCAAGCAGAACUUAUACUUACUCUUUAAGUUGUUUAGUUUUUGGCCACCUCUGCCCUAAGUACAGAUGCAGGCAAAUCAAGGUUGGAAUGCUUCUAAUAAUGACGAUAAUAAUAAUAAUUCUUAAUUUUUGUUAGCCUGUAGCUUGAAAAUAACAGUUUGACAAAUUAAAGAACUGCAUUGAUUAUCAAUAAUUAUAUUUUGUGCACUAAAACCGUAAAUAUUUAUUGCUGUGAAUAAAACAAAAGUAUCUUAAUGGUAUAGCCAGUUUCUUUCAAUGACAAAAUUGUGGCAUUACAUCUAAAGUUUAAAUUCUUUCUCCUAUUAAACAAGCAAGGCUUCUUAUGCUGCUAAACCUGCAGGUGCAGAGAGAAACACCCUUCCCGGGACAAAGAGAGGGUUCACUGCUUGCACUGCUAUUUCCCACACUCAUCUUCUCUGAUCGUGUGUUCAGAGAGGCUGCCAGCAUAAAACCUACAUGCUGGGUUGAAGGAGAAGAGCCUGUCUGGCACCAUGGAUCAGUCCACUGAGCCAGCAUCACAACCUGUCAUGAGACUUUGAGCAUGCUCAGACUAGAAGCCUUCCCUUCCCACUUUAGUAAUCAAAGAUCCUCAUCCUUUCUGAUCUGAAAAAAAAAAAAAAGAAAGAAAAAUUAACUAACCAACAAAAAACCAGCCCUUUUGGCAAUAUCCACAUUCUACUUAUCCAUAGAAUAUUGUGCCUUAUGGUAAGCCAGUAUGAAAAAUAUUCUGCCAC